AUGGCGGAAGAGCACAAACACGAAGAAUCAAUCAUGGAGAAGAUAGCUGAGAAGAUCCACAGUCACGAUUCCUCUUCUUCUUCUUCAGAUUCAGACGACGAUAAGAAACAUGCGUCUCCUUCGUCUAUCAAGACGAAGAUUUACCGCCUCUUUGGAAGAGAAAAGCCUGUUCAUAAGGUCUUCGGUGGCGGAAAACCUGCUGAUAUAUUCCUAUGGAGGAACAAGAAGGUAUCAGGAGGAGUGUUGGGUGCUGCAACACUCUCCUGGAUCUUAUUUGAGUUACUUCAAUACAACCUCCUCACGCUUUUUGGCCACGUGUCGAUUCUUGCUCUCGCUGUAUUGUUCUUGUGGUCUAGUGCUACUACCUUCAUUCACAAGACGCCUCCUCAUAUCCCUGAAGUUCACAUUCCCGAGGAAGUCGUUCUCCAGCUUGCUUCUGGACUAAGGAUUGAAAUCAAUCGCGGUUUUACCAUUCUUAGGAACAUUGCAUUAGGAAGAGAUCUCAAGAAGUUCCUUAUGGUUGUUGCUGGUUUGUGGGUUUUGUCCAAACUUGGUAGCUCAUGCAACUUCUUGACCUUGAUCUAUAUCGCAACUGUUCUUCUCUUCACCGUUCCCGUCCUCUACGAAAAGUAUGAGGAUAAAGUAGAUGACUUUGGGGAAAAGGCAAUGAAGGAGAUGAAGAAGCAUUAUACGGUGCUGGAUGAGAAGGUUUUGAGCAAGGUGAUGAGCAAAAUCCCGGGAGGAGCCUUCAAGAAGAAGGAUUAG